AUGCCCAAAGCUCCAAAGAGCAAGGGCAAAGGCAAGGGCAAGGAAGCCGCGCACGACGAUGUCAGCAAACCGUACACCCGUACCGAUGAUGCGCCAGUGAGAAUCAAUACCGAGAGGUCAAUUCCCCAGCCGUCAGUGUCACACCGCAAUAACCACUCCCCACAACCUCCCAAGUCCAUCUACCAGCCCGGUGCCGAGGGCAGUUCAUCAAGCCGUAGACGCAAGAACAAGAAGAAGCGCAGUCGCCCAAUCGAGGAAGGCUCUCCGGCAGCCUUCCCCGCCGUCCACCAUGCCAACGGGCACGCCGAGGGUGCUAUGGAAGUGAACGGGGCGCACCGCGAACAUAGCAACUCGUCAUCGCCCAACCGUGUCGUUGAGCAUGUUAAGCCCGACCACGACGCGCGUGAGGCUAUCCGCCGCCGUAUAUUUGAGCACGAAACCAACGGCGUCGACCACACCCAGGCGGAGCUCCUCCACAAUCAUGAACGUGAGGUCAAGGACCUGCGGAAAAAGGUUGCCAAGAUGGCCAAGACCGAGGAGGAGGCCAAGAAGCUCGCCGACGAGGCGCGAGGUCUCGCUGGCAAGCUGCAUGACCGUAUCGCAGAGCUCGAGCAGACCAUCGCCAUGCAGCGGGCCGACAUGACCAAAACCAAAGACGAGAUCGAGAUGAAGGAGAAGCUCAUUCAUGCCCACGGAAGCCGCAACGACUCUCUCCGCGAGCUGCUACAUUGCGGAGUGUGUAUGGAGCCGCUCGACGACCCUCACACCCUCCAAUGUGGUCACACGGCGUGUCGCACGUGUCUUCACGAGUGGUUCCGCUCACCUAAUGCGUAUCCCGCUCACGACAUCGAGCAGAUCAACGAGGACGACGACCUGUCGUAUCGUACCAAGACUUGCCACAUGUGCCGCUCUCCUAUCUUCCGCCGGCCGGCACGCAACAUCUUACUCAGCCAUGUGCUAGAGUCGGUCGGCCUGGCUACAGGAACUGCGGGGGUCCAGUCAGCGUCGAGAAGUGAGCUGGACUCGAUGUGGAGCAAGAUCUUCCCCCCUGAGCCCAAGUCUUGGGUGGUCCGCGACGAGGCCGACAAUGUCGGUCGCUGUCCCAGCUGCGGCUUCGAGGUCGACUACGGCGAGUGUGUCCAAUGCGGAGCUACAUUUUCCAUGGCUGGCUCUGAGAUGUCCGACCUCUCCGCAUUCGACUUUCAGGAUCGGGUCGAUCUCGGGAAUGGGCUCCUGCUGGACCCGCAUCUCGCAGCCCUCAAUGGCGAGCACGGCGACGGCGACCUGCACGAACGACACCAUCGUCUUCACGAUCAACUUCACGAUCACAUGCACCUGCGUGGGUUCCUGGAUGACGAGGCUGAGGACGACGAGGACAGUAUUGCCGGGGAAGAUGAGGACGACUAUAACAGGCACCUGUUCCGAACGCUCGAUGCUGCAGAGGGGCUUCCGACCGACUACGACUCGGAAGACACGGCCUUCAGUGACGACGUUUUGGACGACGAUCGCAAUUUCAUCGCAACCGACGACGACAGCAACAGCAACGCGAUGGGUCAUGCCAUGGACAGCCAUGACGAAUUUUACUAUGAUCAUCGUUCCGAUUUGAGCCCGCCGCGUGGCUGGUCACCAGAGGAACCCCUUCUCCAUGGGCGUGCUCGUAGCCGCGUCCGUGCAACACCGCCUGCCUCCCCUAGCGUCCUCACCGACGCUAGCUACGAGUCGUCGUUCAUCAACGACGGUGAUGACGUUGAGUAUGUGUCUGACGACGCCCUGGACCUACACGACGAGUCCACUAACCUGUUGGAGCGCUCAGCAGUUGAAGGCCAUGUCGACGAGCCGUCGAUUGAGGAGCUGCGCCGUCGCCGUGCCGCACGGUAUGGUGCGCCUUUCGUUUCGGAUGGUCGCCACCACAGUCCCUCGCCUAGAGCUCAUGCCGUUUCCACUCAUCGUCUCAGUCUGUCGCCUUCGCCCCCUGCGUCGCGCCGCAUGGGCCGCACCCGCCGCCGCCGACGCUCACCGACGCUCUCGUCCGCUCACGACUCGUCCGUCGAGCUGCUCGAGGAGGAGCCCGUCCGGCGCCCGCGCAUUCCGCGCCGCCAGCGCAUCAUUGACUCGGACAGCGAGUAG